AUGGCUUCGGGAAACCUGGACAGGGAAUCUCUCUUGAUGCGCUCGGCGAGCGGCACGACUUGGCUGGGAAGAGUUGUGCCGGCGCUUGCCCUGGAGCUGUGCGGGAGCUUCAACAACCAGUGGUGUCAGGUUGGAGGAAUGACCAUCAUUCCACACCCGCCUGCGUCCUUGCACGAGUUUGAGCUACUGAAGAGAAACAUCGGCGGAAGUGGCAGCCCCGAGCUCUUCCUUCACUUCAAGGGGAUCCAUAAGCACAUCAUCCCCGGAAUGGAUCUCGGAGUUCCUGUCUCCUGCCGCAAUGGGGGGCGGCUUCACAGGGAUUAUUUUCUUGACCUUCAACCGUGCGCAUCAGAUGAAAUGCCAACCAGGGAUCGGCUCGUUUCUUGCCUCUACGAUACAUCUGCCAGCUGUGUUCGGCAUAUGCCGAGUGCGGAUCCGGCCGUUAGAAGGUCAAUCGUCAUCAUGCGUGAUCCACGCAACGUGGUGAUAUCAGAGUAUAUGAUGCGAACUCAGGUUAUCGAACGAGAAAGGUGGACAAGGACGUUUUCGCUAGACGAGUUCAUCAUGUGGAAGUUCGAGGUCCUAGUCUCGUGGAUACAUCAGCGGUAUAUGUGGCACACGGGCACGCUGAUGGGACCCUCGUCCCAUAUUACAGUCUACGAAGAGUUGCAGAGAAGCCACCUGGGUCUGAUCGAUAUCGCUGGUUUCAUGGGCCUUCAAUGCUCGGAACAGCAGGCAGCGAAAGUGUGGAUCGGUCGCAGACACCCGUCGCCUAGUGGAGGCUACGCUUCCCGCGGCCUUUCCGUGGAGACUGUCAGUUUCAUGAACGCAACAAUGGCGAGGCUCCUUCCUCCAGCCCUAGCUCUUCGAUGGGAUGUUACACCGACCGAACUCUGAAACAAGGGAACGAUAGGUCUACUAACGAUUGCGCCCAUCAUCGAGAGUUGGGUGAUGGCUGUCAAUGCGAUUGGCGUUGCGAUGUUGUACACGAUUCCCCCCGUAUUUUUAUCCGGAAUUCCGCCAUGUGGAGACUGCACAAUCCUCGGUUUCGCGCCACUGGCCAGGCAUGGAAUCUGCACUGUACUAUGUACAUGUAAGCCCACGCCGUUUCGCAGAUGGAUUGGUGCGUGGUUG